AGCAAAAGAGGAAAAGGUACUCAUCGGGGUAUAUAUAAGGGCAGAGUUCUGUAUUUUCUUCAUUUACGGGAAGUGUUAGAAAUGUAGCCAUCGGGCAGGUUCUACAUUGUAACAAAAACGAUAAAACAACUUUGGGGGAUUUCACGCUAUUUGCAGUUCACAUAACGGAUCGUGUCCUUAUCAUGGAAAAUGCCACACGUGAGGAACAAUCUCAGUGUAACAACCCCAAAUUCCUUGGUAAGGCCGGUUGGGUUAAAAAGGCCCCUUGCAGACUGCUGGCAAGCUAUAAAGACAGCUACAUCCAUGUGGACAAGACUGCUAUCCUGGUUUAUGAAAAUGAGGAACUGAAGAACUGCAUUGAAAGACUUGAUCUACAAAAAUACGAUAAAUGUCAUGAAUUAAAGAGUUUUUUCAUGAGAAAACACAGGCUGAUCCUGAUUCGAUUGCCCAAGUCUGGAAGUAAGAUCCAUAAUAUUAAAUUCCAAGUCCAGACUGCAGAGGAAAAGGAGGCUUGGAUUCAAGCCCUAAGUGACGGGAUCAAUCGAGCAAAGAACAAAGUGUUGGAUGAGGUCAAGAUGGAUGAAAGCAGUAAUUUACUGCAUUUAACUCGAACCAGACCCAAAGGGAACCGUAACCGGCGCCCACCAACCAGGAUUCAUCUGAAAGAGGUAGCAGAGUUGUCAUCUGAAGGCUUGCUACGCUUGGAUUUUGAUCUUUUAGAUGCUGCAGUGGCAAAUGGGACUUAUGGUGCCAAUGUUGAUGACACUGACAUGCCUCGAGAAACUAACAAAUCAUCUGUGCUUCAGUGCGACUCCACUGAGACAGCAGAGAAUUCACAUGCAAAGACCCAGACUGAGUUAAAGGUCCUUAAGCUCCCCAUGGAAAGACAAGAAAAGGCUGCUUGGAAAAAGACAAGUUUACCACCGUCUCCCAAUCCCACAGACAGCUCCUCAAGUGAGCUUGCAGGAAAUUCUGAAUUGAAACGCCACAUCCACCCUCCAAGCCCACCGACCAAAGACACCAAACCCUCCUAUUGUCCUUCCGAACCAAACCAAGAGGCCAAAUGUACACCGGACAGCAAUGAGGACAAGCGACAAGUUCAUAAAAAUGAUAAUGCAAGAGUGCCUCAGAAAAAAUAUGAAACUCUUCCCUGUGUUGGUGAUGAUACAACUACAGUUUCAGAAGACGAAAAGACAAAACAUGCAUCAUCUAAAUUUAACAUCCAACCAGUCAAAGACGAAACAACUGGAUCUCAAGAGGGAGAAGACCACAACUCAUGUCUUAAAAGAUCAGUUCCUUUCACUUCUCUCUGUAGUGAUGUUUUUCUGAAUGACCCCACCACCUACAGCGAAAUGUUUUUUCCAACACCACAAGAAAAGACAAUAAAUGCGGAUGAUGAAUGUUUAGAUAGUUGUCAGCAUUUAAAUGCCAAGAGUGAAGUGUCCGCACGUGAAAACACAUUUACAAUGUCUACAAGUGCAUUGGGCGGGAACGAUACCUGUACAGACAUGCCGAACACUCGUAGCUGUGGUAAUUUAAUGCCAAUGCCGCCAAUAGUCACAGCUACAACUAAUGUUGGCUCAAAUGGCUCAAUGUGUCGGCACUCUGAGGCCAUGCCUCUGCCAACCAAAAUCAGAUCUGUCUCCUUUGGAGAUCUGCUGUCUGACUCAUCAAUUAUUAUUUCGUUGCAGUGCCAUUCAGAGGCUAUUAUGAGGAAUGAGGUGUUAAGUGUUGACUUGAUCACACUUGAAAACGAGUUAACUCUGGAAAUGGACAAGACAAACAAGCUCAUGAACAGAGUGUGCUAUUCCAAUAUGGGAAGAGAUGAAGAAUGUACUCCAGGAGACCUGCUGACAAAGGCAAUGGAGAAAUUAAAGAAGGCUGAUUAUGUACUCAAAGAGGUCAAGAAAUUGAAACAUACAAAGAGUCUGAGAAAAAGAAACAGCUGGUGAAUGUCAGUCAAACAACUGACAGAAUUUAAACCAUCCCACCAUUCAUUCUCAUUUCUCAUCUCAUUUAAUUCUCAGGGUAUUCAAUCGAUUGCAACUGGACUGUUCAUCCGAGCAGGCUUCAUGAGUUCAUGCAACAUGAACUGCUCGGAUGAGAGGUGAAACGUCUUCUCAGACAAACAGAACAGUCCAGUCGCAAUCAAUGCAAUGCCCUGAGAAUUACCGUAUAUCUUUUCAUGGGACAACACUGAAGAAAUGACACUUUGCUAAAAUGUAGUCGUUGUACAGUUUCUAUAACAUUGUAAAAUGUACUGUCCCCUAAAAAUAACUCAACACUCUGUCACGAAUAUUUGGUGUCAGUCCUCCCAGUUAACAUGGAUAUUUGACUUCAAAAGCCAUCAAUGGCAGUGAAUGAGUUUUAAUGUCUAAACCGCAGGCAACAAAAGGGAGUAAACCCCUAAGUGAAAAUGAAAAGAGAUUUUACAUGUACAGUACUAGUUAUUUCAGUCGUCUUCCAUGUCCCUUAUGCGUCAGUGAAUUGUGAGAAAGUGAAACUUACAAGGAAAUGGCUCCCCUAUGCCUGGCCAGAAUCUGAACGCAUUUGGUCACUAUCUACACAAAUUACAGGAAUAGGAAGAAGACUCCCUUUGGUGUUUGCACCUCAACUAGUGUGUUGUUUUUCCUGUGCCGUUUUGUGUCUUGCUCCGUUUGGCUGUGUUUUCACCUGCUGUUUCAGUGUCUUGAUCCCUUUAAUGUGGAGUGGUAUAAAUACAUUAUCAAUGCUUGAGAUCUCCUUUUGCCCAGAUAUCUUGCCUCUGCUAUCUGACUUGUUUUCAAAGAUAAUACUGUAAACUGCUCUUUUGUCUUUAGAAUAUGUGGGUAUUCACUGUAUGAGAGUCAGAGAUUUCUUCCAUAGUACUGAUGAGGAAUCCCGUGUGUACCUUGCCCGUUGCUCAAAGUCAGCGGGUGAGACUGAUCACCUGUGACUCCCAGUAGGAUAAGUGGUUAAAAAUGGAUAGAUAAUGUAGGAAUUUAAAAGAGUUUAAUGUAUUAGUUUGAAUUAUUUUAAAAUAAUUAAGUGAUUUUCAAAUUUUGAUAUAUUACAAAAAAGAAAAGUGCCCCACUUAACCUUGUAGUAUGUCAGAUUUGCGCUCUUCGGUUAUGGGCUUUAUGUGGGUGUUAGAUGUGUUCAUUUUGCUUUUGCUUGAAUGAACACCUGGAAGCUGAAUGCUGUAAAUCCGAAUGAUGUAAUUCUAAAUAAAAGAGCUUUAUCAA